AUGACUAGCGGCAAGGAAAGUUUCCUGGAUUACCUCGUGCAGCACACGACUGGCAUUAGUGAAUUUCAUUGCGAAAUCGGUCGUUAUCUCUUUAGUGGUCAAGAUUGCGAUUUGACCGAAACUGCGCAGGGCUGCAAUACAGCGCCGAUAUCGAAUCCCCAGAACUGGGCUCUGAUCUACGGGAUCCGGAAUUUCCAUAACUGGGUCAAUGGGAUGCUCACAGCGAUUGAUUCAGCCCAGACAAACAUGAACACAAUGAAUGGCUAUAUGCAAGCCUACUUCACAACCCACAAUUUCACUCUCGCGGCUCAAACUUAUCAAAACUCGCUCGUUUCAGGAUCCAUGAGUGCUUUAAGUGGACUUCUCACCUUAGCAAAGCUCGCCUUACCAGAAUUGAAUGCCAUAACAGCGGCUGGAGCUCUUGCAACUCUAGGUGGUGCGGGGGCCACAAUGGAUACGGGUAUUCUGGGGUCCAUUAUGUCAGAAACGGUUGGAGUCAUCGAAACCCAGCUUAAGGAGAUAGGCAAUAUGGAUAAAUGGUUGUACCAUGUAUUCGAGGCUAUGCGAUACGCAGUCAUAGACUGGGGCAACAGUACCAUCAACGGCAUUGCCUAUUUCAGCGAAGAUGACAUGUAUUAUUAUCUAGACCCCUCUGGUGUCGUCGACUGGCUUAAUGGCGGUGCCUUUGCGCAGGACAUCUCGGAAACAUACCAGCUAACGAUCGAUAAUGCGGCCAUGAAAUCCGUCUUUGCCGUCGCUGUCUCGGAUCUAUGGGUCCAAGAGGAGGUUUUCAUCGUUAAUACAACCGACGCCUGGACAUUUACUGGAGAUGAUUAUGCGACAUUGAAUAUUGACAAAAACGACAUGACUAGGGUCACUUAUAAUGACCAAGUCUACUUUUUCGUUAAGAACACCGACGGCGCGGCACCCGACUCAGCCUAUGACCCAGUGCCUGGCAUUGAUAACCUCAAGGAGUUAGGACUAAGCACUACUGAGGUUAUCGAGGCCUCCGCCUACACGCUCAAUCAUAUCGGCUUCAAUAGCACUUGGGAUCCCAAGGGCGCACUCUCUGCCAUGACCUCGGACGAUCCUCCACCGGGUGGCCUCUUCAUGAAUAUACCCAUCUGUCAACUGGGCAUCUUGGAAGCCCCCUCCGUGGACCUGUUCACGCAGGGCUGUUCGACUGUGGACAUAGCCGCAGAGUGCGACUUUAAAAGAUAUAUCAACUGGUCCUGCUCCAAGCAAAUCCAGACCACAAACGGAGUCGUUCAGCCCUGGCCAUACAAGAUGUACGAUCCAGAUUGGAAUUAG